UGAUUCCGUUUUCUAUUUGUCAACAAGUUGAGCACAUGUGUAAAUUGUUUAUUAAAAAUUUUUGUUAUUAAUUUGAUUGAUAAAUUAAAUUAUUAACACGACAACAUUUAUAAAUUAAUUCAAAUAAACUUGAGGUAUAUCAAAUUGUAAUUAACAACAAGACAAAAGAAAAAAAAUGGCUUUGAAUAAAAGUAUUUAUAGAUUGAUAAGAUUGUCAUCGACAAUACGAGGAUUAGCAACUCGAAAUAGAACACCAUCAUUUUUAGAUGAAGAACAAAGAGAUGCUCCAAGUUCAAUUCAAAAAUUAGAAAACAUGUACAAAAUUAAUCACUUAAGACCAGAACAGUCAACAUCUUAUGUAACUGGAAAACCAGAAUUUGAAGCACUAACUAGAUCAUUAAAAGUUGAUAUAAAUCUUUUAACUGAAGGAAAAUUAAUACAAGCAUUUAAAUGUUUAAAUUAUUUUAAAGUUUCAUCAUCAUCAGAAAUUGUAGAACAAUUAUUACAUAGAAUAAAUCAAAGAAUGGAUUAUUUAUCACUUGAUCAAAUAGCAUAUCUACAUAUAUUAUUAAGAAAAUCUUAUAAAACACCUCUUGUUUGGCAUCUUUUAGAUAAAAUACCAGUUAUAUUUCAAACUCGUGUUCAUACAAAUUUUGAUAUAAAAGAUUUUGAAACAUUUAUUAAUGUACUUGAAUAUGUAAGAAAAACGCCAGACACAUAUUCUAUAAUACCAAAAUUUACUCAAAAACUCAACAAAUUUAAUCUAUCAGCUUUGUCACCUGAUAAUGCAAGAGAAUUAUUAUUUAUUUAUCUUGAUAUACCAGUUGUACAUCUUGAACCAGUUAUAUCAAAAAUCAUUAAUAUUGUAGCAGAUUCUACUGAUAUAUUAGAUUCAUCUGAAGUUUUAGCAAUGAUAAAUAGAAUAAUGAAAAAAACCAUUCAAAAACAGUCAAAUUAUGAAGUAUUUUUCAAUGAAAAUUUGAUUGAUAAUAUAAUUAAUUCUUUAAUAUCAAAAGACAUGGGCUAUGAUGUAGCCAUUAAAGUUUUGAGUGAUAUAACACAGAUAUCACAUGCCAAUCAUGCAUUGAUUGAUUAUAUUGCAUCAAAAUAUGAUGAAGACAUCAGUCUAUUUGAAGAUGCAGAUUAUCAUGUGGUUCAAGAUGUUGUAAAAGCACUUGCAUUAACUAAUUACAAACCAGCAAUUUGGGAUGAAAUUAAAGAACAUUUAUUUAGAAAAGAAAUACUCAAUGAACCAUAUGUACUACUGUUACAACUUGGUAUUGAUUUUGUAGUACUAGAUUGUUACUGGCCAGAACUUUUGGAAAAAAUAUUUGAUGUUGGUUUUAUUGGGGAUCCAAGAAUACCAAAAAAUUAUUUAUUUUUGUAUGAAAUUGUCAAGGCUAGGUGUCCAGAGUACCAUGAUAUUUUACCUAAUGAUGAAGUUAUUAAUUCUUACAAACAAUUUGUCUCGUCUGAUGACUUGGAGCAGUCUCUUAAAUUAGCACUGGAGACUAUUACUGGUGGUGAACAAUAUAUUGCUUCAAAUGUUAAAACAAAUUUGGGAUUUUUGAUUGAUCAUGUUAUGAUUAGGAAAAAUGAUGGUUCUCCAAUUGCAAUAAAUAAUGCUGAAGAACCAUUUCCCAAGACAAUUGAAGAUUUAAAACCUAUUCCAGACAGCGAAGUGAUACUUUUCAUGUACGUACCACUAAAUGGAUACUUUGAAAAACUUCAACAACCAAGUGCAUUUUGGUUACUCUUGAUGAAAGAAUUGGAAGCACGAACGAAACACACUGUUAUUCCAAUUUAUUCAAAAGCUUGGAUGAAAUUGUCUCAAGAAGAACAAGUACAAUAUUUAUCUAACACACUGAAACCUGAAUCUGAUAAAUCUUCAGCAACAAUUAGUACAUAAAAAAUAUCCAAUGUAAAUGAAUAAUAAUAAAAAAACAUUAGCAACUAUCAAUGUCAGAAUAAAUGAUGAAAAAAAAA